AUGCAUAAUGAGUUUAAAGAGUGCGUAGCAUCAAUAUUGGAAUCCAUGGAUAGAGAGCAUGAAGAUGAGAUUAAGGAAUUGGAAGAUAACCUUGAUGCAUUGAGCGACAUCAUUGCAGGAGACAUUUCUAGUGAGCCUGAUAAUGUUCCACGAAAGAAGAUAGAGUUAUCCAGAUCUUUAAGCUUUGAUAGUGAAUCUGAUAAUAAGUCAUGUUCCACAGGAAGGGGACAAUGA